AUGUCAUCGUUAAUAGCAAAUCCAUUUUUUGUAUCACGAGAAGAAAGGCCUUGUACGGAGACGUCUCCUCUUUUGGUACCGCGGUCAGCUACAACGGUCAAGCAGAAGAGGAGAUUUGACGAAACUUCUCAUGGAUUCUCAGGCAGUCAGGCAUUAACUCUGGCGCAGAAACCCGUGUCUAUAUUCGAGGAGCAACUUGGAACUGGAGCCUUUGGACAAGUGGAUCUGAUCAUCGAUGUGAGCACUGCUGCCAGAUUUCGCGCGGAAGAAAUUCUCCAAACCUGCUUGGUCGGGGCAUUCUUCUCCUUUAUAUAUUGCCGUGCUGCUGGUGCCUUGAUAUAA